AACAACUAAGCAGUAUGUAGGCGACAACAACAGCAAGAGUCGCGUACAACAUUUAACAACAAAAACAUACAAAAAUUCUUAAACAAUUCUUGAAGUGGAUUCCUUUUUUUGUCAAUACGAACACGACGCGCGCGAGAAAAGGCUUCAAGAUUAGUGCGUUCGUGUCUAAAUGCAGCACGUGAGCGCUGCCACUUCGGCGCCUUCGGUGGUCUCAGCACCAGCAGUGGUAACCACUGGCGGUGGCACGACCAUAACACUUGGCGGACCGCCACCACUAGCAUUGCACGGUGGUAAACACUUGGUGGAGCAUCAUCAUCAUCAUCAGCAGCAGCAGCAACAACAACAGCAGCAGCAGCAGCAGCAUAAACAGGAACCCGGUUUAGUGGGUGUUAAGGCGCCAGCAGCGGCGCACGGCUUGGAAAUGUAUAAAGUGAACAUUGAGGAUAUAUCGCAGCUAUUUACCUAUCACGAGGUCUUUGGCAAAAUCCAUGGCGAUGUGGUGAAUCAUGUGGCGGCGGUGCACGGCAGUCAGCUGCCACCACCACCGCAGCUGCCGCCGCCGCCGCCACUGCCGCCCACACAAGCAACAACGCAAACAACGCAUGCGGCUAGCGCAGCUGUUGCCGCAGCGGCGGCGUCCACAAAUAAUGCAGCCGUUGCCGCUGUAAUGGCCUCGGCCAAUGCGGCGGCAGCGGCUGCAGCCGCAUCAGCAGCGGCAAAUGCACAGCAACAGCAGCAGCAGCAACAACAGCAGCAGCAACAACAACAACAGCAGCAGCAGCAACAGCAGCAGCAGCAGCAACAACAGCAGCAGCAGCCAGCUGUGGCUGCAAGCACUGGCAGUGGUGCCACCGCCACCACCAAUACUAGCAGCAGUGCUGCCGGUGGUGCUGGCGGUGCCACCACAGUGACAAGCACGGGUGAGUUGCUAAUGCCCAAAAUGGAGGGCGGCCUGCAUGGCGUCGAUGGUCAAGCGGGCGGCACUGGGAGUGUUGCUUUAGCCCCAGACGGCACCCCCAUAGCCACGGGUACGCAUGUGUGCGACAUUUGUGGGAAAAUGUUUCAGUUUCGCUAUCAGCUGAUUGUGCACCGUCGCUACCACAGCGAGCGCAAGCCGUUCAUGUGUCAAGUAUGCGGUCAGGGCUUUACCACAUCGCAGGAUUUAACACGCCAUGGUAAAAUACAUAUUGGCGGUCCCAUGUUCACCUGCAUUGUGUGCUUCAAUGUGUUUGCAAAUAACACUAGCCUGGAGCGGCAUAUGAAACGCCAUUCGACGGACAAGCCAUUCGCCUGCACCAUUUGCCAAAAGACCUUUGCACGCAAAGAGCAUCUGGACAAUCAUUUUCGCUCCCAUACCGGCGAAACGCCGUUUCGUUGCCAGUAUUGCGCCAAGACGUUUACGCGCAAGGAGCAUAUGGUUAACCAUGUGCGCAAACACACGGGUGAGACGCCACAUCGUUGCGAUAUUUGUAAGAAGUCAUUUACGCGCAAGGAACACUAUGUUAACCACUACAUGUGGCACACUGGUCAAACCCCACAUCAGUGCGAUGUCUGUGGCAAGAAAUAUACACGCAAGGAGCAUCUAGCCAAUCACAUGCGCUCCCAUACUAACGAGACGCCCUUCCGUUGUGAAAUCUGCGGCAAGAGCUUCAGUCGCAAGGAGCACUUCACCAAUCACAUACUCUGGCAUACAGCAGGCGAGACGCCGCAUCGGUGUGACUUCUGCUCCAAGACGUUUACACGGAAGGAGCAUCUGUUGAAUCACGUGCGUCAGCAUACGGGAGAGUCGCCGCACCGCUGCUCUUACUGCAUGAAGACGUUCACGCGCAAGGAGCAUCUGGUGAAUCACAUACGACAGCACACGGGUGAGACUCCGUUCAAGUGCACGUACUGCACGAAAGCGUUCACGCGCAAAGAUCACAUGGUUAAUCAUGUACGGCAACAUACAGGCGAAUCGCCGCACAAGUGCACCUACUGCACCAAGACGUUCACACGCAAGGAGCACUUGACGAACCAUGUGCGCCAGCAUACGGGCGAUUCGCCGCACCGUUGCACCUACUGCAAGAAGACCUUCACCCGCAAGGAGCACCUGACGAACCAUGUGCGGCUCCACACCGGCGACUCGCCGCACAAGUGCGAGUACUGCCAGAAGACGUUCACCCGCAAGGAGCAUCUCAAUAAUCAUAUGCGCCAGCACUCGAGCGACAAUCCCCAUUGCUGCAAUGUCUGCAAUAAGCCCUUCACCCGCAAGGAGCAUCUCAUCAAUCACAUGUCCCGCUGCCACACCGGCGAUCGCCCCUUCACCUGCGAAACCUGCGGCAAGUCCUUCCCCUUGAAGGGCAAUCUCCUCUUCCAUCAGCGCAGCCACACCAAGGGCCAAGAGUGCGAACGUCCAUUCUCCUGCGAAAAGUGCCCCAAAAACUUUAUAUGCAAAGGUCAUUUAGUCUCGCAUAUGCGCUCCCAUUCGGGCGAGAAGCCACACGCGUGCACAUUGUGCAGCAAGGCGUUUGUGGAGCGCGGCAAUUUGAAGCGCCACAUGAAGAUGAACCAUCCGGAUGCCAUGAUGCCGCCACCACCAGUGCAUCCGCAUCCACAGAUACCGGCUGGUGUGCUGACCCAGGUCAAGCAGGAAGUCAAACCGAUCAUAAUACCGCAUCACUCGACGACGACCACAAUGCACACCAUACAGCAGAUAACCGCUGGCGCUGCCGCUGCGGGCGCCGGAGCCGUCCAGCUGACACCCGGCCUAGUGCCGCUUGUGACCAGCACGCUCAUCUCCUCGCACAAUGCGCAGCAGACGCAGAAGCAGCAGCAAGCAGCCGCCGCUGUGGCUGCGCAGCAACAAGCGGCCGCAGCAGCCGCCGCACAGCAACAGGCAGCGGCAGCAGCUGCAGCGCAGCAACAGGCUGUGGCAGCAGCUGCGCAUCAUCAACAACAGGUUGCUGCACAGCAGCAGCAGCAGCAACAACAGCAACAGGCUGCAGUGGCAGCGCAUCAGCAGCAACAGCAGCAGCUGCAGCAGCAACAAUUGCUGCAAUUGUCCAUACAUCAUCAUCAGCAACAUCAGCAGCAGCAGCAGCAACAACAGCAACAACAUCAUCAACAACAGCAGCAACAUCCUGGCCAAGCGCCGCAGCAGCAACAACAACAGCAGCAGCAGCAACAACAACAGCCACCGCCGCAGGUGCCCAUUGCCUUGAUAAGUGAUCCCAGCGCAUUGGCGCGCGCUGCCAUGCAGCUGCAACAUCUGCCCAGCAAUGUUGAACAGCAUCCAGUUUACUAACAGUAGCCUCAACUGCAUGGCUACCCAACGACGGCAGCCACCAGCACCACCAAUAGCACCACAACAGCUGCUGCCAGCACAAGCGCGCAACAGUGGCAACAAUAAUACACACACACAUACACACACACACAACAUAGCUGCUAUCGAAUUUGUAUACAGCGUUUUAUAUAGUUUCUAAGCUCUCCCCACACACAAUUUGCCAGCUGCCGUCAGCUUUGUGUCUGCGCCUGCGCCACGUGCAAUAUCAAACUGGCCAGCUCUCAUAAUCUCUUGACUCUUUUACUUUAUAUACAAGCUAACAUACAACCCCCAACUCCAAUUCAUGCGAUCUUUGUGUACGCCUAGCGUUCAAUUUAUAAACUAGUUUAUGUAGUUUCUACACACGUCCCUGUUACAUUUAUGAAAUGUACGCGCAGCUCCUGACACAAGGCAAGGCAAUGCUAGCUGUGCUAGCUUUAGAAAUAGCAGCUGGCAGCUUCUACAUCCUUUAAAAACACACACACACACACAUACACAAUUGAGUUGUAAGCAGCGAGAGCGCAGGCAGGUAUUUUUCUAUUAUUUUGUGUUAGGCGUAUACAUCAUUUAAAUCAGGGAUCUAUUUAAUUUUUUAUUUAAAUUGUUUAUACAUGCUACGCAAAUUGUAUAUUUUGAUUUUAAAGAUCCCUGAUUUUCAUAUAUACUUUGUAUAUAGCAAGUGCAACGCAUAGAAACUUUAACAAAUUGAAUUUCAUUGCAAAAUUGUAUUAUUUCUUAUAGCAUUUUGUUGUCAGGCAAAUCAGCACACACACACACACACACAUACAUUUACAUAUAUAAACAUUUAAACAUACAUAUUAUGCUAAUAGCAGCGCCCAGUUAAUUAUAAAACGCAGAACCUACUAACCUUUACUAUAUAUAAAUAUAAGUUUAAAAUGAAUGCAAACAAAAUUGUUGCAAAAGUUGAAGCAGAGUCGUAUUAGCAGCGAGCACUAAACUAACGAGUAGCGAGUAACGUUUAAGCGAGAAAUGAGAAAAAGAAUCAUUAUUAUUAUAUUAUAUUUAAUGUUAGUUGAAACUACUAAAACAUUAUAAUUGACACGAGACGAGAGUUCGAGAGCGCAAUAGCGAAAAGAAAUGCGUUUUAGUUUUUAGUUAUUAAAAUAAUAUAUCUAUCACUAUAAUUACGAUUAUGAUAUGGUAACUAAAACAGCAAAAGUUAUUACACAGACACACACACACACACACACAUACAUACACUAUUCAAGUUAACAACAAUUU